AUGACGAUAACAACAACAAUAAAACAGACGACGACGAUCAACGCCCGCGUGAACGAACACUCUCACUUUUUCGACGCGCUCGUCGAACACAUCCCGCAAAAGUUCUACCUCGCGACCGAGAAAUCCUUCGGGGACGACGACGAUGACGAGGAAAUGCUGAUGGCCUCUUUAGGCAGGUUCGGGGCGAAAAAAGCCUCACAAAAAUCCACCGCGGAGAAGAAAAGAAUGGUGAAAAUGAAAACGAUGGAAAAGAAACGACAGAAACUCGAUCCGAAUUUAGUUCUCACGAACGCGGAGACUCUGCAGAAGAAAAUGGAAAAGAAGAGGAAGAAAGGUUUGGAGGAUACAGAGGAGGAGGGAGAGGACGAGGCGCGGAGGGCGAACGCGGCGAAGGCGGAGGAAUCCGGGAGCGGCGACGAAGAGGAAGAGGAAGAGGAGGAGGAAGGAGCGAACGGAGAGAAGAAGAAGGAAUCAAACGGGAGUAGUAUGUUCAAAGAUAUGGUUAUAGACGCCUCGACGCCGACGAAGGAGGAAAAAAGCGAACGGUUAGAAGCGUUGAGAAAACGUCUGGAGAAGAAAAUUCAGGAUUCGAGGGAGAAGCGGAAAGCGAGCGAACACGAGAAGAAGGUGAAAGACGCGAAAGAUUGGAGAGAGCAACGGGAGAAGAUGAAAUUGGAGAAGAAGGAAAGGGAGAAGAGGAUGAAGAAGAUCGUGGACGCGAAGAAGAGAGAGACGAUGAGGAAUAAUAGCAACGAAAAGAAGAAGGGCGAUGAAACCGCCGCCAACAGAGGAGAAGACGGAUACCCGAAGAUGAACUUGGCGUUUGGUAACGUGGACGUGGACGAGGUUCCAUCAUCUAGAUUAAACGGCAAGAAGAAAAAAGAAACGAAGAGAGAUCUGCUCUCGAAAGCACUUCAGCGAGAAAAAGAUUUAGCCGACGCUGGCGGCGACCAAACCAAAGAAGGCAAACGCGUCGCCGAGAAGCACGCCUGGGAGGCUUCGUUGAAACGCGCGAGAGGAGAGAAAGUCUUGGACGACCCGAAACUUCUGCGCAAAUCCGUCAAAAGAGAAGAAAAGAAGAAACAAAAGAACAAAGAGAAAUGGAACGAGCGGACGAAAACGGUUCAGGACCAACAAAACGCGAAGAAGAAAAAGCGCAAGGAGAACAUCAAGGCGAAAGCGGACGAGAAAAUCGAAAAGAACAUCGAUAGGAGAGAGAAGAAGAGGAACCGGCCCGGGUUUGAAGGCCGGUCCAAAGGCAUGAUUAAUUAA